AUGGGCGCCGGGGCCAGCGCCGAGGAGAAGCACUCCCGCGAGCUGGAGAAGAAGCUCAAGGAGGACGCUGAGAAGGAUGCCAGGACCGUCAAACUGCUGCUACUGGGAGCAGGGGAGUCGGGGAAGAGCACCAUCGUCAAGCAGAUGAAGAUCAUCCACCAGGACGGUUACUCACUGGAGGAAUGCCUGGAGUUCAUCGCCAUCAUCUACAGCAACACGCUCCAGUCCAUGCUGGCCAUCGUGCGGGCCAUGACCACCCUCAACAUCCAGUAUGGGGACUCGGCUCGCCAGGACGAUGCCCGCAAGCUGCUGCACCUCUCGGACACCAUUGAGGAGGGCACCAUGCCCAAGGAGUUGUCGGACAUCAUCGGGCGGCUCUGGAAGGACACAGGCAUCCAAGCCUGCUUCGACCGCGCUUCUGAGUACCAGCUCAAUGACUCGGCUGGCUACUACCUGUCAGACCUGGAGCGCCUGGUGACCCCCGGCUACGUCCCCACGGAGCAGGAUGUGCUGCGCUCUCGCGUCAAGACCACUGGCAUCAUCGAGACCCAGUUCUCCUUCAAAGACCUCAACUUCAGGAUGUUUGAUGUGGGUGGCCAGCGCUCGGAGCGGAAGAAGUGGAUCCACUGCUUCGAGGGGGUGACCUGCAUCAUCUUCAUCGCGGCCCUCAGCGCCUACGACAUGGUGCUGGUGGAGGAUGACGAAGUGAACCGCAUGCACGAGAGCCUGCACCUCUUCAAUAGCAUCUGCAACCACCGCUACUUUGCCACCACCUCCAUCGUCCUCUUCCUCAACAAGAAGGAUGUCUUCCUGGAGAAGAUCAAGAAGGCCCAUCUCAGCAUCUGCUUUCCCGACUACGACGGUCCCAACACCUACGACGACGCGGGUAACUACAUCAAGCUGCAGUUCCUGGAGCUGAACAUGCGGCGGGACGUGAAGGAGAUCUACUCCCACAUGACCUGCGCCACCGAUACCGAGAACGUCAAGUUCGUCUUUGACGCCGUCACUGACAUCAUCAUCAAGGAGAACCUCAAGGAUUGCGGGCUGUUCUGA